CAUUACCAUGUCAAACCACAGAAAUGAAACAGUUCUUGUGGAAACUACCAGAUGAAGUGGUGAAUUGGCAGGUGUCGUUUGGAUUACUGGAGUGUCGCCGAGGGGCUUGUUAAACAACAAGCCAAAACAACAACAACAACAACAACAGCAACACCAACAUGUUUGGUAAAAAGAAGAGAGCACCACAGCCCAAAGGCCAGGGCGCUGCUGCAGCCAAGCAGAUGGGUCUGUUUGUAGACCUGGACCCUGAGGAGAUGAUGAUGGGUAUGGAAGAGAAUCUGGAUGACCCGGACUUAGAGGCUGAACUUGCUGCUAUCACUGGAAAUAAACCUGCUGCUAGAGGGAGAGCCAAGCAGAAGGGGAAGAGCCCUUUGCCCAUGGAGGACAUUGCUAAAAUGGCUGAUGAGUGUAUGAGGGAUGUGGAUGAGGAUGAAGAUGAGAAUGAUGUGGAAGACGACGAAGAUCUGUUGGCAGAGCUACAGGAAGUGGUGGGUGAGGGGGAAGCUGAGGAUGUUGCAACUGUUUCCUCCACAUCUUCUGCUGCUGUUGAAUUUUCUCAAGUUGAGAAGCAGGAAGUAAUGAUCUCCUCAGCGGCUCCUGGCAGCCUCCAGCACACCCUGGAGGAGAGGGUGGCCAUGUACAAGACGGCCUUACAAAAUGCCAAGAGUGCAGGGGAGACUUCCAAAGCCAGGAGAUUCGAUCGAGGUUUGAAGACUUUGGAGACGAUGUUAGCUGCUGUGAAAAAGGGGAGACCUGUGAACGAGGCAGAAAUCCCUCCUCCUGUCGCCACCGGAGCCUCCGCCCCUCGGCCCGCUGUUCCUGCACGACCUGCUCCCCCUGUACCCUCGCGUCCUGAAUCCACUCCCUCAGAUCAGCAGGAGGAGUCGGAAGCCACAACACCAACGCCUUCAGUACCAGAGAUCGUCACGCCCACCAGUGAAGAGGAGCAGUCGUCAUCCACCACUGCACCCAGUCUGAGCAGCGUCCCAUCUCCAGAGGAGCAGAGAGAGGAACCUGCCGACCUGCUGCAGACCACUCAGACGGAUGCCAACGAGGCAACCAAGACGAUGCUUUUGGAGAGGCAGAAAGAAUACAAGAUGGCGGCUCUGAGAGCCAAGAAGCAGGGAGAUGUGGAGCAAGCUAAACUUUACUUCAAGACCAGCAAGAGGUUCGACGCAGUGAUUGAGGCGUUGGAGAAAGGACAAGCAGUCGACCUGAGUGGCCUUCCUCCAUCUCCAGGACAGGGUUCAGGAGGAAGCUCUGCUCCAGUGAAGCAACUUUCUUCUGGGCAAAACACACAGGUCACCCAACCGGUUGCAGCAGUUCCAGCCCCUGCAGCCCCAUCAGCCCCUGCAGCUCCCAAAGACGUACUGGAGGCUCUUGAGCAGAGACGGGCAAAGUAUGUGGAGGCGUCGGCUCAGGCUAAAGCCAGCGGAGACGACCGCAAGGCACGAAUGCACGACCGCAUUGCUAAGCAAUACCAGAGCGCCAUCCGAGCUCACAAAGCAGGAAAAGCAGUCGACUUUGAUGAGCUGCCAGUUCCCCCUGGCUUUCCUCCAAUCCCCGGCCACAAGGCAACAGGAGCUGAGCAGGGAUUCGUUGCUGCUCUGGAGGCAGCCAAUAAACUCGCCUCUGCUGAUGCUGCUGGAGCACCAGAUGAAGAAGAUGAUGAGGAGAAAGAAGAGGAGUCGAAGCCUGCUGUUCCAGAAGAGCCAAAGAAGGUCACGUUAGACGUCUCCACCGCAGGUCAUGGACGGAAAAGGACUCCUUCAGCUUCACCCGAAAGAUCAGCUGCUAGGGAUGGACUCUCGCCAACAGCUGUUCAGCAGCUGGAGUUCCUGGAGGGUCGGAAGAAGCAGUACAUGAAGGCGGCGCUGCAGGCGAAGCAGAAGAACGACAUGGAGCAGGCCAAGGUUUUCCUCCGCACCGCCAAAGGCUUCGACCCCAUGAUUGAGGCAGCGCGCAGCGGGAAAUCUGUGGACAUCAGCACGGUGCCGUCGCCCCCUGGUGACGAAGACGACGACUUCAUCCUGGUUCAUCACAGCGACGUUCAGAUCUCGGAGAAAGCCGAGCAGGUUUACACACAGCUGGCCAAGAUCCUCAAAGAGCAGUAUGAGAAAUGCAUGACUCACUCCAAGCAAUUCACGCACCUGGGGAACGUCUCCGAAACUACAAAGUUUGAGAAGAUGGCAGAGAGCUGUAAGAAGAGUCUGGAGGUCCUGAAGCUGGCUCAGUCGAGGGGUCUGCCUCCUCCUAAACAUCACUUUGAAGAGAGAUCGUUUCACACUGUCAGGAUAUUUCCAGAGCUGAGCAGUACUGACAUGGUUGUUGUUAUCGUAAAAGGGAUGAAUCUUCCUGCACCAAGUGGAAUCCAAACAAACGAUCUGGAUGCUUAUGUCAAGUUUGACUUCCCCUACCCCAGCACUGAGCAGCCUCAGAAACACAAAACAGCUGUCAUCAAGAACACUAACUCCCCAGAAUACAACCAGAGCUUCACGCUGUCAAUCAACCGCAACCACCGCGGCUUCAGGAGGGUGGUGACGUCUAAAGGCCUCAAACUGGAGCUGCUGCACAAAGGAGGUUUCCUGCGGAGCGACAAGCCGGUUGGGACGGCCCUCGUGAAGCUGGACAAACUGGAGUCACAGAGUGAAAUCAGGGAAAUCGUAGAGGUGAUGGAUGGUCGUAAGCCCACAGGAGGUCGUGUUGAAGUGAAGAUCCGACUGCGGGAGCCUCUGAGCGGUCAGGACACGCAGACGAGCACCGAGCGCUGGCUUGUGAUCGACCAGUCACAGGUUCUUCUGUAGAUGAAGAUUAAAGACAACUGACAAGAUACAGAUAAAAGGCACUCAAUCAAAAACACUCAGAGGAGGAAGAGGUAGAGAGAGGAAGGCGUUUCAGAUCUGACGAGGACGGUCUGUGGUUCAGAUUGGACUCAGACCUACACGGGUCUUUGACUUUCUAAAACUUUUGCACAUUUGCAAGACACACGAGCUCCCUUUCACACGGCGGUCCACCAGGAGGAGACAGGGAGCUGGUUUACGGUAGGUCAGCUCUGGCUCAGUGACAUGAACCUGGAGACUGCCUCCAGUCUGAGGAGCUGCUGUGAGGUCGUGAUGCCUCAGGCAGACUUCAGGGCAACAAGCUGAAGGCUCUUUGAGAUUUAAGUCAGAGAAAAACAGUUUCCCAAAAUGUUUUCCUCUUGCAUCAGUGUGGCUCCUGGAGGACGGCAGUGUGUCCUGUGCUAAUGUUGAAGGGGCUCAGUGUCGAGCUAACCUGAUCCUGCUGCCCGACAUGACUUAAGUUAAUAUAAUAUAUCAAAGAAUGUGUACAUAUUCCUCAUAUUAUACAGCUCUGGUAUCUAGAACUGCACCUAUGCACUAAUACCAAAGUAAUCACUGUUGCUGUAAAAUCCUGCAUAUUUGAAAGCGCCUUUAGCUGCCAAACCUGCGACAGUGGACGACACGAGAGGUUAAUAUAUGUGACAAGACAGAAAUUGUCAGGGUUUUUUUUUUUUUCUUUUUUUCUUUCUAUUGUUUUCCAAACAAUUCAUCUGCUUCUCAGUGUGAAAACAUCAGGCAGACGCAGCACCCUCACAGAUGUGUUACAGGAGUAAGCCAAGAAAUCAAGCUACUAUACAAGGUACGAUUAUAGAAUUAUUUUAAAAAACCACACUCCCUUUUUGGCACCUUUCACUUUGAUAAAUCUUUAAACUGUUCUCUUAUUUAUCUGUGGCUUUAGGUGUGUUAGAUUUUCUUUGGUCUUGUCUUGUUUACACUGAACAACACAAAUCUGAGCGAAGUUUGUGAGAAGUUUCAGUCUAAGAGAGAAAGCUAUUUAUUUUAUCUUAAGACAGAUUCAUUAUUUAACAGAUGAUUAUGUUAAAAAAGUCAUUUCUAAGUACACACCAUCUACUCGACCAUAAUAUCAUCCUUUUGGGAAAUUCAUUGAAUUCAUUUGAUGAGCAUAUGAAGCUGGAGUCAAUUAGCUUAGCUUAGCAUAAAGUUCAAAAGCACACCCACCAACACCUCUGAUGCUCACUGACUGACACGUUAAAUUUAAUUUGUUAAAUCUGUACAGACUGAGCAGGUGAGCGAAAAAAAAAUGUAAACGUGUGGAACCAUCUUUGAAAACUAUGCAUCAGUUCUGUAACUUGGGAUUAAUCCCUUUGUGCUUUAAAGGGUCAGUUCACCCAAAUUACAAAACGAAAUUUAACAAAUAGUUUGUAACACAUUACAAUGUAGUUAAAAGUAGUGGUGUAUUUGUCAACAACUAACCUCUUCUGUAUGCAUCCAGAAGUGGAGGCAAUAAAAUUACAAUAUAGUAAAACAGUUAUAAUAUUUUUAAAAAAGUAUCAUAGAAGACUGCACAGUAGAAUUUAGCCUCUUCCAAUCACGUUAAUAACGUAGUUUGUCAUUUAUUUUCAGACCAAUGACCAGACGAGCACGACACUGGCACUAAUAGAAACUACAGCACUUAACCAUUUUGUUCCGAACAGAAGUUUAAGUAAAAACAACACAGUGAAAAUAUUAAUACUAUUUUCUAUCAUUCAGUGAGUGUUAAUUAAAUAAAUCACUGUUGUUUCACAUUCACAGCGCACUUAACGUUACCUGUAGGUAACCUGCUACAGGUCACAGGAUACAGUGUAACACUGGUGGAGGGCUGAGGCCGAGCACUCGUCUGUUUUACGUUUUCAAACCGUCUCAACUUCUUACUUCAACACAGUGGAUGAACAUUUAAAGUGAAAGAUCCGAUAAGGGAUCCAAAAUGUUACCUGCUGCUAGAACUCAUCCCUCGCUUUAGCCUCUUUCAGCAUAUUGUUUUGGUACCUACACCAAACAACAGACACGUUCAGAGACGAGCUGGUGAACAUAGUAGAGACCAAAAAUAGAGCUAAAAGAGAGAACAUAAAUUUGUCAGAAACUAAACUGGCCAAAUAAAAUCUAUUAAUAAAGCUGUAAGUGAGAAAAUUGAGACAAGAUGUGAUUUUUAAAUAGUGAACUGACCCUUUAAAGUUUCAACUACAGCAUUGAAACAAAUGCUGACAAAAGAAGCCAUAAACAUACUGAGCCAACUACAUGAAUCCCAUUUCCAACAGGUUUACCUCAACUUUGUCUGCAACAUGAUUUAGUUGCCAAACGUUACAGUGGUCACAACAUUUCGUUUCUCUUCUUUGUUUUUAUUCUGUGCAGCACUAUUUUAAGAAAACAUCAUGAAUCAGUGCAACUGACAACUGACAUUAAGUUAACUAAAAACAUUGUCCUAAUUGUAACUAAUUAAAGCACAUUGUCACCAAUCAUUUUA